AGCGCGUCCUUUCCACUCAGCGGCCACUGGGAUUCCGUGAGAUUUGAUUCACUUCUGAGAAACAAGACAAAAAACCAAACCAAAACCAAAAUAAAAGAAACAUCAGUCUAGCUGAGGAAUCAGCACCAGCCUGAUGGGCCCGGCCCCAGGGAGCAGCGAGUUCGUGCACAGAACAUGGGUGCAGUGUGAGAAUGAGAGUUGCCUGAAAUGGAGGCUGCUGUCCCCUGCAGCUGCAGCAGCGGUGGACCCCAGCAAGCCCUGGUACUGCUUCAUGAACGCUGACCCCAGUUACAGCAACUGCUCCGUCUCUGAGGAGGAUUUCCCUGAAGAAUCUCAGUUCCUUGAAAGCGGGUAUAAGUUUGUCUAUUCACAGCUACCUCUCGGAAGCCUGGUUUUGGUAAAACUACGGAAUUGGCCAAGUUGGCCAGGAAUACUUUGUCCUGAUCCUUUCAAAGGGAAAUAUGUAACCUAUGACCAGGAUGGAAAUGUUGAGAAGUAUUACAUAGAAUUUCUGGGUGAGCCUCACUCGACAGCAUGGAUGAGUGCAACGUUUGUUGGACAUUUUAGUCUCGCGUUAAAGACAGCAGAAUGUACAAAGAGGAAGAGGUGGUAUACCAGUGCCCUCGAGGAAGCGUACCAACUCUACAGGUGUUCAGCAGAGCAAAGACUAGCAGUGUGCUGCCUAGCAAAGCCCAACAGAGCCAAAACAGGCACCAAAGCUGCUGUGGUGGCCAAGAAAAGGAUGCAAGUUUCCAAAAUUAAGACUGAAAAGAAAAGGCCCAGGGUUAGAAAGAGGAAAAGGGAUGCUGCUUUAAAGUGCUCUGUUGAAAUUUUUUGUUCUGAUGAAGCCCUAUCAAAGGAAAACAUGGUUGUCUCUGAGACUGAAGGUUUGCUGAAAGAACUGGAGAAAAUGCUGCAACAAAUCCAAGAACCCACAGCAAGAGAGGAUGCGUCACAGGGAGAGCAGUUUUCUCAGUGCAGCCCGGAAGCUGCCACAGGCAGCCCAUUUCAGAGCUACCACGAAGAGGACUGUAUUAUGCCUGAUGGUGCAGGACUAAAAGCUGGAGAAUAUUUUGAGAUUAUAACUAACAAUUUAAAAAAGAUAGAUGCUCUAAUAUCUGAAUUUUAG